AUGAAGGUCACAGUCAAACACUGGCACGCCGUCGCCUGCUGGAAGUGGGAUACCGGCAAAGACGAAGAUUCAGACGACGACGAGGAAGGCCAUGUCUGUGGUAUCUGCCGCGUUCCCUAUGAAGGGUGCUGUCCAUCUUGCAAGAUGCCCGGAGACGAUUGCCCUUUGAUCUGGGGAGAGUGCUCACACGUCUUCCAUAUGCACUGCUUGUACAAGUGGCUGAACACCGCUGCGUCGAAGCAGCAAUGUCCUAUGGAUCGCCGGACUUGGGUCACGGCCGAACGGACAGUCGGUAAAGACAACGCACCCGCCCAAGCGGGAUCUUGA